UAACCGAGGAAGACGGUGAAAAAUAUGAAUCUCGAAUUUCAGAAUUGGUCGACAAUAAUAAUAAAGUUCUUAUAAUUACGCGUGAACAGUUAAGUAUUAUGAAGUCUAACAUGGAAAAUUUAAAUAGUACAUUUAAAACUAUAGCUCUCGAAAGGCAACUUAUUGAUGAUAAUUUUAAUAAGAUUAAGUUGGAAAUAGAUAGGAUAAAUGACGCAUUAUAUAGUAUUCGAAUGGAGGAGUUGAUUGAAGAACAACUCACACUUUUUAAUUUAUUAUUAGAUAGAGCACUAUUUGAAGUUGAUUUAUUAGGGGAAAUAAUUACCACAGCCCGAACGGGAAUUAUUCAUUCGAGUAUUCUUACGCCUUAUAACUUAAUCGAACAGUUAACAAAAAUUCAGGCAGAUUUACCUGAACAUGGUAGGCUACCGGUAAACAUUACAUUUGAGGGGGCUGUAGAUUUAUUAGCAAUCGCUGAGACAACAUUAUUUUACCGAAAAGAUUCGUUGAUUUUCAUAAUAAAAAUUCCAUUAACAAAUAAUUACGAUUUUAUUCUAUAUCAUUUACUUCCGUUUCCUGUAAUUGUAAAUAACACAGACACCGUACAGUUCAUUAGUCCGACCAUGAAAUUUAUUGCGGUCAGUAGUACAUUCGAACAUUAUAUUUUAUUUGAUGACCUAGAAAUCAAUCUGUGUAAACAAACUAAUUCAUAUAAGUUAUGUUCUGGGGAGCGAGCUGUAUACAAUAGACACGAAAGGUCCAUAUGUGAAAUUCAAUUGUUUUUCAAACCCACAAUAGUUCCUACAACUUGUCAGUUUGUUUAUGGUAAAUUACACGAAAGUAUAUUUCUAAAACUUAAAUAUAAAAAUACUUGGUUAUAUGCAACCAACACUGAAAACAUUAUUGUCAAUUGUGAUGAACGAGAGGUUGGUUUAAACACAUUAUUAGUGGGAACAGGGAUGAUAAGUUUAAGGGAUGAUUGUAAAGCCAUUACGGCGAAUUCUGUGCUAAUGCCUAUUAAAAGUUUUACUUCUAGUCGUUAUGAAGAUUUUAUGCCAGAAAUCCCCUUGCCUGAGAAUAUUACGCGGUUUGUUGAUAAGAAAAAUUUGCAGGUAAUAGAUUUAAAUAAAAUUAAAUUAAAUUCAUACACACCAAUGAAAGGGGUGGAUAAUCUAUUAGAGGAGGUACAAAAUAAUAUAAACAAAAACACUGAAAGUUUUGCAAUUAACUAUUUACUGUCGUACUCCUUUUACUUUAAAAUAUUCGUACUAAUAAUUAUAGGAAUAAUAAUAUAUGGAAUAUAUAGGAGGAAAAAUACAAGAAAUAUUAUAAUACCAUCCUCCAUUCCUAUGUCCUCACUAUAAGUAAUAGCGGGCAUAUUUAUAAUGAAAAGAAAAUAUAUAUAUUGUAUAAAUAAAUAAAAUGUAUAGGUAUAUAGUGUGGAUAUAAGAACAUGUACACUCUGUGUGGAUAUAAGAACCUCAUAGAGUUCUUACGUUAAACAUUAUGUCGUAUCGAAUUAUAAUUGUAACACUAUUAGUGGGUAGAAUUAUAAUAUUAUUAUAUUAUAUUCGAUUUAUGUCAUAUUAUAUGAUAUUAUUGUAUUAUUAUUAUUUAUUUAUGUAUGUAAAACUUCGGGCUUCAUGGAACAUGAGCCCUAGUUUUAGGGGGGUGGUGUUGUGGCUUCACCACUUUAUUAAAUAUUAAUUUAUUAAAUAUUUAUCUCUGCGAAUAUAUGUUCAUAAUUGAUAGGGACAUCCGUAUGCGGAUGUCCCCUUGUUUUCUUUGUAUGACUAUUUUGCAGCAAUAGUCAGUCUAGUGUUGACAGUCUAGUGUCUAGAGUCUACCAAUAUAGAACUAACAUUAUAAUUGUAAAGCAUAUUCUUAUUUUGAAAUGUUAUUAUGAAAGUUUACUUUAUAUCUAUAUACACAUUUAUAUUAAUUGUUAUAUUUCUCUUGUAACGUGAUAUUUUUCAUAUAAUAU